GGCCCCGGAAGCGUCCGCCUGAGUCGAUGAUGAGAGCCCUGGACCGUUGCCAUGGAGGGGUCUAGAGAGCCUGUGCUGGAUGCGAAGGCCGAGGUCACCAACCAGCUUAUAGAUUUUCAGUGGAAACUGGGUAUGGCUGUGAGCUCGGACAGUUGCAGAUCACUUAAGUAUCCUUAUGUUGCAGUGAUGCUAAAAGUGGCAGAUCAUUCAGGCCAAGUAAAGAACAAGUCCUUUGAAAUGACAAUUCCACAGUUUCAGAAUUUCUACAGACAGUUCAAGGAAAUUGCCGCAAUUAUUGAAACUGUGUGAAAACUGAUUACUUCAUUGAUGAAUUGCUAUCAUCAUUCUAAGAUCGUGGACUUCACUUUCUGCAACAGAACUGCAUAAGGAUCAAAUGAUAUUUAUUGAAUGAAAAUUGCACUCUUGUUUUUCCAUUUUUUAAAUAAUUAAAAAUCAAACAGGAACGAGAUAGUGGUGAUGGAUGCACAACUUGUGAAUGUACCAAAAGCCACUGAAUUUGACACUUUCUGUGGUAUGUGAAUUAUAUUUCACUAAAAAAAAAAUCAGACAAAUAGUCGAGUAAUAUUGAAGACAACACAAGUUUGUGUAUUAGAACAAUAGUUUUAAAACUUACUGGUAAUGGUACCCCCUUUUAUAAAUAAAAUCUUAUAUGGAGUCCUCUAAUAAAAUAUAUGUAAAUGGAAAAAGUAGUAUUUGAUUAGGAUAACAUUAAAAAUUCAAUUUUAUAACAUUCACUUUUUAUAAAAGCAAUCACUGAGAAGAGUGGGCUCAGACAUUUGGAACCAGCUUAGGAUUGACCAUUGCUCCCUUAUGUUAGCCAAGCAGUCAGUUGUUUCUGUGAUUAAUAUUUGUAGAAAGUUCAAAUACAUGCACAGAGAUAGAAAAAGAAGUUUUGACUUGAGUUCUAUACAGAACUGAGUUAACCUGGUAGCACAAGUUAUUGUGUUAGAUGAUCUCCAUUGAAUUUAAAUUUAUAAACCAGUUGUUAAAGUAUCUUAUAAAGCCACAGCAAUCAAUACUGUAUGACAUUGCUUAGAAAUAAAUAAAUAGAUCACUGGAGUAGACUAGGUGGCCUAGAAAUGGAUCAAGACAUCUGGGACAAGGAUGGUAUUUCAGUUGGGUGGGAAGACAUGGUUUAUUUAAUACAUGAUACUAGCAGUCACAACAUAGACAAAAGUAAAUUGCAGGUGGAUUAAUGACUUAAAGAUAAAAGGUAAAACUUAAAUGGUUUCCAAAAUAUUUAUAUUAACUAAGGCUUCAGAAGACAUCAACUCCACAGCCAUAAUAUAAAAAGUAUAUUUGAAAUAUAAGAAUUAAAAAUAUGUGGAAAAAAAUGAGCUAUAAACAAAGACAAAAGACAAAUGUUAGCUGAUGUAUACGUUAAUUCUUGGUCUGGAAAACAAAUUGCUUUAAAUAUUUCAAGUAGGAAGAGAUUUUCUACAAGAAAUGAGAUGCUCACUGUAAACUGUCAGAAAGAUGGAGGGAACAAGUCAGGAGAAAUCAUUGGUGGAUUUUAGAAAAUCCAGUAAAGCAGGGAUUUCCGAGAAAACCACUGCCAGUAAUCUCUGCACAAUGCAGGAUAUCACCUGGAAGUCGCUGUACAUGCCAUUUCUGCCAUCCGUCAACAUGUGUAAUGAAAUAAAGGCUGCUUGCUUUCUUUACCCUUUUAAUUUCA